AUGGCAGAGGGCUGGGAGAGAGUCAUCCACCCAACCACCCAUUCAUAUAUCAAUAUACCCAACUUCCCUUCUCACCCAUCUGUCCACACACCCAGCUUCCCAUCCACCCACCCACCCGUCUAUCCAUCCAUCCACCUAUCUACUACUCUUAACUUCCCAUCCACCCAUUCAUCCAUCCACCCACCCAACCUCCCACCCAUUCAUCCAUUCAUCCACACAACCUCCCACCCAUUCAUCCAUCCAUCCAUCCACCUACCCUCCCUACCUUCCCAUCCACCCACACACCCAUCUAUCCAUCUAUCUAUCUACUACUCUUAACUUCUCAUCCACCCAUUCAUCCACCCAACCUCCCACCCAUUCAUCCAUUCAUCCACGCAACCUCCCACCCAUUCAUCCAUCCAUCCAUCCACUUACCCUCCCUACCUUCCCAUCCACCCACACACCCGUCUAUCCAUCCAUCUAUCUACUACUCUUAACUUCCCAUCCACCCAUUCAUCCAUCCAUCCACUCAACCUCCCACCCAUUCAUCCAUUCAUCCACGCAACCUCCCACCCAUUCAUCCAUCCAUCCACCUACCCUUCCUACCUUCCCAUCCACCCACACACCCACCCUAUCUUCCCAGCCUUCCAUCCACCCAUCCAUCCUCCGAUGCUCUUAUCCUGGCAGAAGCUGGUCACUAAGCUUUUGGAUACUUAG